CGGGGCUUUCCCCCGUAUGUGCGCACCGUCGUUUCAAGAAACCAUGAAAAGCACGAGGCCUUCGUGAUCAAGAGACUGACGCCAGUGGACCUCGUUCUCCUGCCCUGGUCCGGUAUGUCUUUGAGCCUGCUUCCCCUCUCGCCAUGCCCUCUGCUGAACGCCACCUGCCGCCGCCGCUUCUGCUGCUCUUUCUUCCGUCGCUGCUACUGAUUUCGUGCCUGGAUGGAGCGGUGGGAGCAGCGGAGGAGGGCGGCGGCCUGCCUUCCUCCUCGUCGCCCGGGGACAAUAGCCUCAACGUCGUGGUAGGAGACCAGUCCGGCAUCGACCCGUCCACCCCGGGGAGAUCUGCGAGCCCCUCCGAUGUAACAGCAGAGUCCCCGUUCGCCCUGAAAGUCCUGGUGAGAGACAUGGUGACCCGACAGCCGCUGCAGGGGGCUUCUGUGGAUGUUUACGUAAACCACACAUUAAAGAGCUCAGCACAAACAGGAGAUACAGGUGAUGUUCUGCUCUGGGUGGAUUACAGUCCAGGUCUCAGUUUGACUCUGCUGGGAAACAUGGAGGGCUACGUCCCCACCCCUGUGCCCUGGAGCACCAACAAGAGACCCCUUUUCUCGGCUGUGACGCUGCUGCUGCUCCCUCACACUCAGGGCAACAUCUGGUUGUUUGAAGACUCCGUCAUCAUCACUGGGAAGCUACCUGACAGCUCAUCUCAACCAAAGGUUAAGUUCCCCAAAAACCUCCUCACAGUGUCUGAUAAGAGCAACAUCUCCUCACUGACGGUGUACCUAACUGUACCACAGCACCACCUAGCUAAAGACUGUGCUAACUGCACUCCAGGCAUCAUCAGCAGCAAAUCAGUGUUCAGGAGCAUCGAGCUGAAGGCCGUGGCAACCAUUAACGUCCUGCUGUACUCUGGUGGUGAGGAGCUGCAGGUCAGAGGGCCGAUUCAGAUCAGUCUCCCCCUGAGACACAACACGCACCUCAGGGCUGCUGAUACAGUACCAGCCUGGGCCUUUAACAUAAAGACAGGUGCCUGGGAGAAUCAGGGUCUGGGGAUCGUGAAAAGAGUCAGUGAUGAGUUGGUGUGGACCUACACCGCUUCACAUCUGGGCCACUGGAUCGCUGCUCCCCUUCCCUCAACAAACAAUUACCUGGGACAUGGUAGCUCUCUGGAUUUCUUAUCGUACCACACUUACCUGUUGGUGGGAAUUCUGGGAGGAACGCUGGCUGUAGUGAUCGGAAUUCUGUCCUUGCUGCUGUGUCACUGCGGAAGUUCUCACCGAGAACCCAGGAGGAGGAGAGCACGCUUCUCCAAACUCACCGUGGUGAAAAAAGACCAAACCACCUCCACCCAUAUGGAAGAGGGUUUGCUUUUCAGAUCCGGUGAAAACAGCCUUGCCUCCUGCAGCGUCCAGUGUGAACCCUUGUCCACGCCGCGUCACAAGGCCAACUACAACAUCUACGUGGAGGAUCCAGGGAGUUGCCUGGCUGCUCCUUUUUACGAGAACAUCACUUUGGAUCGAAUCAAAGGUUCCCAACAGUCGUCUCACUACAUCAACAACGAUGAGGUGGCUCGAAUUCGAGAGAAGUCAGAGCAGAACAAGAACAUGAACACUGACAACUUCUUUCAAGAUAAGCUGGUUCAUCUGUACAACCAGCCAGUGGCGAUUAUUCAGGCGUCUGAGCUUUUCAGUAAUCAAGAGCAGCAACUGUCAGGGUGUAAGUCUGCCACUUUUCCCCGCAAUGGAGCAGAGUAUGACACAGAACCAGCUAGUAAAGACAGCUACACCCAGACGCUACCCAAACACUCCCAAAGCGGCAACAGUCCACAGCAGAGCAGCCAGGAUGAGCCACAGCCUCUGGAGACUCCUCCCCAAGGCCAAGGCCCAAACCCCAGCGUGUGGGGACGUUACAGUAACCUCCUGGAAUCCUCCGUCUCCGUGCCCGGGACUCUUAAUGAGGCAGCUGGGAUGCAGGGCUUCAGCAGUGGGCAUGGCGUACCCAGCGAGCUGCAGGGGAUUUCAGAGCGUACCUUGUUGGAGUUGACCCGGGGAAAGCCCUUGUCAUCAAGAGCCUGGUUCGUCUCCUUGGAUGGAAAGCCAGCCGCACAAGUUCGCCACUCCAUCAUCGAGCUCCAGAACCGCCACCGCCCACCGAGCAGCAACGACACCAGCCUGGACUCUGGUGUGGACAUGAACGAGCCUCAGCAUAGUAUGCGUGAGACGGAGCGUGACAGGCGUUCAUUCCGAGCCUCGUCCCUGCCGCACCACAGCCGAGGGGGGCGGUAUGUCGAAGAGCAAGACCUGAGCAGUAGCGAGAGUGGCACAACCGCCACAUGCACGCCAGAGGACCCUUCUCUAAGGAACAUUUUAGAUGGAAGCAGCGGGGCUAUACCCAACAUUCCUGAAGAGCGAGAUGGGAUGGAUACGUCCAGCGCUCAGGAAGACAGUGAGUCAAGAGGAACGCCACCUCCACGGCGCCUCAGGAAGGUGAGAGAGAAGGGCAAGACAGAAAAGAGGAGUGCCAAACAUGUUCGAGAAGGGCGUCCUCUCACCAAGCGAAACUAGAGCACGGCUAACACAAAAAUUCCUUCAUCAGUGCUUAAUUUUAAUGUCCCAUUACCCAUGUAGCCUACAAUAACUAUAUUCAUACAGCUGCCAUUUUUCUCUGACAUUACGCUCAGGUUGUGGAGCUCAAACCCUGUUAAAAUCACACUGCUGUGUUUCAGACUAUAAGUCAUAUCAAUGUAGGAAAUCUUGGAAGCUACUGAAAGCUAACAUUUUUAAACAAAUAUGGCCAAGUGUCCCUUGAGAUUAUCACUAUUAAUUGUUUUUCAAAGUUUUUUAUCAAUAACAAAAUGAGAAAGACCAUACAGUGCUAAAACAUUAGAACUGAAUUCAAGCUUCCAACCCUGGCACACACUGUCAGAUAAAAAAGGUUGUCGUGUGAAUACGGUGAAAUGAACUACCCUCACCACAUUGUGUCAUCAGUGCCGACUGAUUUAAAUGAGUCUUUACCACUUGUGCUCACACAGGCAUCGUUGUUGUUAAUUUAUGUGAUUGUACAACUUUGCCAAAGAAUGCUAAGCUAGCUCAAGAAACAACGCAGGAUCUAUGUCAUGUUGAAGCUUCAUGUAGCUGCUGUUACUGUAGAAACGUUUGUGCACCAUGUCAUGCACCACGCUGAAUUUUUCCUGAAUCUGAAGAACACCAGCGAGAUUCUUCACAGCAAAACGUCCAUGUGAACACGAUAUCCCAUAAUCCCACAGUACUGGCAUUAAAGAGGGUGCCUUCUUACUGCCUGUAAGUAUUCACUAUGAUUACAAAGGGCACAGCAUUUGUCGAUCAAUCGGGUGAGAAAACAGGAUGGACACGGAUACAGGUCUAUGUGUAGUGCACUUAUCCUCACCGAAAAUGCCUGCUGUUAAUUAAAUACGAAAUAGAAGCUUUCCCGACACCUUGUUUAGAUCAUCCUGAAUCAUUUAACUUGAGUAAAAAAAACUCUGGGGUUUAUGAUUGGAAGCAGCUUGGUCACAAAAAUAUUCCUUCACAUGGGGAAAAAAACACUGAUGUACAUUGGAAAACUAAGCUGACAUUUUCAAGUUAUGACCUGAUAUUUAAGGUUUUAAGCCCACAAUAAUUUUAGAAUGCAUGAAAAUGAAUGUUUCCUUUGAGUGUAUGAAAAUGGCUUUACUGUAGAGCUAACUUAACGCCAUAGUAGCUGUUAGAUUACUUGUUGACUGAAUAAUUUCUUUCAUUGUCUAGUCUUGAACAGAGACUGUUGUGCUGCCAACUAUAACUACUGUCAGGAACUAUUACAUAUUACACAGGCCCAGUAACUACAGUUUGAAACCACAUCCAUGGGUUUAAAAUCAUUUAAUCAUUUUACUUGAUUUCUAUAUGUGGCUGGAAAGUGUUUGACAAUUUGGGUGACCUUAGAGAAGUAACCCAUGUUAAAAUCAGCUUACUUGAACACUCUGAGAAUGGGACAUUUCUGAUCGGAUUGAAGGGUGUUUGUAUAGUUGUUAAAAGUGCACAGCUCGGAGUUAAAAACUACAAUUUGUAUUUUGAGGUUAAGAAGUUCAAACCCUUUUACCUAGGCCCUGAAGUUAUGAUUCAUCGUUUUUAUUAUUGCUGCUUUCUUAGAUUUUUGAAUAUAGUCAGAAACCUUGUCAUUUUUUUCUUGCAGAUAGAUUUUUUGGUGCCUUAAGAGUUAACAUUUCAAAACUACUCCAAAACAUUUAAAACUAUAUUGACUUGUUACUUAUUACCUAGUACUUGUUUUGUAUUGGAGAAAGAAAUUCAGUUUUCAUUUGAUAUUCAAUGAAAGUAUAAAAAUAAUGGUGCUCAACGUAUAGUACACAGAGUGCUUAAGGCUCUGGGGGUAGCGACGUUGAUUGUUGAUCAUUGGUUGACGACUUAUUCUGAAUGUUGGUCCAUCACUUUGAUCCAAACUAAAAUACAUGGACUGCCAUAUUUUAUUCAAGAUGACACUUUGUUACUUUGGUGAUCCCUCUUCCACAAUACGAUUGAUAAUUGUGGCUUUAUGUGAAUCUCUACAACUCUUCAACAGCAUCAGUGAUCUCUUACAUUUUCAACAAUUCAAAAAUGUAAACUUUUGUAAUUAGUUUUAGUGCUAAUUAGUCGGUGUUACCAUGCUAACAUGCUGAGUAAAGAAGGGGAAAAAUAUCAACUUUACACCUGCUAAAAAUCACCAAGCUAGCACUUUUUGUUAGCAUGUUAGUGAGCUACAGACAUUAGCAUUUAGCUUAUGGUUAACAAGACUGCAGGUUCCUAAUUUUGUCUGGGUUUAACCAUUUUCAAUAUACUGCAUAACAACGUAUUAGUACAAUACCAGAUUUUUAAAUUUUGAUAUGAUUCUAGUAGAAAUCAAAUGAUAUCAAUACCUGUUUCAACACCACGGCAACUAAAAUAAAGUCAUGGCUGCAUAAUAUUGGGUAAUUGUAAAAGCUGGCACAAAAUGUAUUUGUGCAGUUUAGACAGUGGUCUCACUCUUUGGCUUGUGGUAGCUUUUCUGAUCUGUAGUUUUAUAAAGGGUCUGUAGUUUUGAUACUAUCCAUCAUUGAAAUAAUGGACAUUGUAUCAUUUUAAAACACGUGGUAUCAAACAGUAUUGAACAUUUUUGAAGUAUCCAAAAUUUUGACAACCUUAAAAUGUAUUCAGAAGUAUUUUACUUCAGGAAAAUGUGAAAGAACAAAGUAAAGUGAAUGCCUCUUCUUCAUGUCUGUUCCAUACUCAUUAACUUUGCAGCUUUUGUCUUCAGUCAAAUCAAGCACGCCACACUUUAAUAUGUGCCCUGUUGUCACAAUGGCACACAUCAAUCCCACAAACCUUCUGAGGUUAUAAACACUAAAAUAACAAUAGCAACAACAUAGUAUGAUGCUGGUAUCAUUGGUCAUCCAUAAUAAGUUCAGCAAAAACAAAAUAUAGAUAGCAAUAUUUGCCAUAAAUCAAAAAAUUUAAAUUGAAUUUUGCAGCAACAAUUUUGCCAUGUUUAGUCUUCCGUCAUGGUAUGUAUUGUAAAAUGUUUCAUGAAUGAGUUUACUUCGUAUUUAUUGACUCAAUUCUGCAGCCAAUACCUGACAUUCUUUUGUCUGUAUAUAGGAGAGCAACAUUUUAUGUUAUUUAGUGAGUGUCUGUUUAAAGGGGUGUACAACAAACCUGAGCUUUGUAGUUUUAAAUGUAGCAACAAUUUGAGCACUUAAUCAUUCAGUUUGCUUUUUAGC